GGCUUGAUUAACUUGUCAGAAGGCUGGGGGACUUCCGAACCUUCUGAAAAGGCCCGCCCCUUCUCACUUUCCCUCCGGGCUCGCCGCCGAUUCUGGUUUUUCCAGAGAAGCGGAGGAGGACGCGCGCGCGCGACCUCCUUCAGACCACCUGCGGAGUGCACUGCGCCCUGCGGGCACCGCGCCGCGGCCAGCCCUUCGCGCGGCGGGCGCGCUGGCCCGAGGCGGUGCCGAUGGCCGCGGUGCCCGCCGCGGAGUGCCAGUUUGAGGCCCCUCCGCGGCUGACCCCGCUGUGGGCCCUGAAGGGCAUAUACUUCGUAGAUGCUCGUUUUGGGGGACCUUUCUUGGCGCCUUCCUAUCGGCUCUGUUAGAUUCUAGCUCGUUUCCGGUUCGAUCGAUGCAGGUUCGAUUCAAGCCGGCGGACGUUCGACGCAGCAUCGACGUUUGAGUGGAGCGAAUGUCCCCAGAACGAACAUCUAAUACUUUUUCGGGCUCGGGUCCAAUUCGAGUCUCUUCCGCUUCAUACCCGUAUUCUACCAGAGGAUCGGGCUCGACAAUGGCCCGUCGGGUUCAUGCAGCUCUGCGUCCCCUGGAUCACCUUCCUGUCCUCCCUGGGCUGGGCGGCGCUCUGCGACAGGCUCGGCGAGUACAAGCGCGUGCUGGUGGUCUCGAACUCGGUGGGCGCCGCGGCAAUCUGCUGCCUGCUGCUCGGCCCCGUGCACACCCACUUCGCGGGGGUGUGCGCCUGCAUGUUCGCCGGCUCCGCCUUCCUCGCCUCGCGCACCGGUGUCGUGGACGCCCUGACGCUGCGUGUGGUGCGGGACUACGAGGAGGCCAGGGCCCAGGGCAGGUCAGAGGCGGCCGGCGGGGAGCUGCCGAGCUACGGCCCGCAGCGGCUCUGGGGCGCCGCGGGCUACGGCAUCUUCGGCCUCCUGUCGGGCGUGGGCGCCGAUGCCUUCGGCGACGGCGCCAUGUUCGUGCUCUUUGGCGCGUGCCUGGCCACGACGGUUCUCCGCAACAGAACAGAUCAGAUGAGGAGAGGUACCAUACCGCUAUCCCUCUCUCGUUUUCCCCCUUUGGGCCUCCUGGGAGGCCCUCGUCGCCACCGCUGGAUUUGCCUCGAAAUUCUGGUCAGAACGCGCUCCGGGAGAGGUCCGGGGAGUAGCAGUAUUGGUACGUUGUGGUUUCCCCACUAUAUGUAUAUAUACAUAUAUACAGACACCCUCCAAUUGAUUGGUCCUGCGCUUCAGGGGAGGGCGGCGGUGCAUAAAUCACCACUGCGUGCCAGCGACUUGAUACACCGCCCCCCCUCCCUGAAGGCUGGAGGUACAUGCGAAGCUCGUCCGAGGGUGUCUGAGCAUAUAUUUCCGUGGCGGAGGUUCUGAUCGUCGCCUCGCAGCUGCCGUCCCGUGGCGCAGUCAAGCCCGCGGGGGCACGGGCGGCUGGCUCUCAGUCUCCCGGCGGGGGCCCCCGAUCCCGUUUCAGGAUGGCCAUGGAAGAGCGGCCCGAGCAGCCGGAAAAGAAGCGAGAGGGGGCACAGGCAGCGAGCAGCCAAGAAUCAGUUCAAAGGUGCACUCUGCUACAUGGUGGGUCCCUGCGGCUGCUUUUGUGCUGCCCCGCCGGCGUUUCGGCUGCUAGCGCCACUCUUCGACGAGGAUGGCGUGGUUCUUUGCGAACCUGGUGGUCUACGGCAUGCACACCUCUCUUAUCGAGAGCUUCCUCUUUGUGUACGCUUCGCGCGACUUCCCCGGGGCGAGCAGGGGGCUCUUGGGCGCCUCGGUGGCCAUCAUGUGCGUCUCGGAGCUCCCCGUCUUCUUCUACGACAGGCGGUUUCUUGAUCGCUUCUGCGUCACGAGCCUGCUGACGUCCUGCGAGCUCGUGCUGGCGAUGGAGCUGCUGGCGUACAGCGCGGUGCCCAGGGGCGCUCCUUGGCUGAUCCUGCUGAUCGCCCCCCUCCACGGCGUCACGAUGGCCGCGGCGUGGUCAUGCAGCGUGGAGUUCGGGCGCCAGCUCGCGCCCCCGGGCGCCGAGGCCCGGGUGCAGGCGCUGGUGUCGGGGGUCUACUACCGGGUGGCGCAGGGCCUCGGCGCGUGCGCCUGGGGAGUGCUCACGCGGCCGCCGCCGGCGGGGUGCGGGUUCUCUGCGAUGUACGCGGCGGCCGGCGGCACGAUCCUGCUCUGGGCCGUGGUCUGGAACGCCGGCUGGGCCCUGCAUGCCCUCGCUGUGCGAGGGGUCUCUGGGCGGACCGCCCCGGGCCCGCUCGGGGACGCGCUCCUGCGGGGCUGACCCUGAGCGCGGGCGCGGCUCACCCGGGGGUGGUUGUGGCGUCUCUGCCCUGGGAGUUUCGGUGCGGCCGGUCGACAGCGUGGAGGUGGAGGCCCAGCGGCGCUGUGAGCGAAGAGCACCUGCCGCGCAUACGGGCACCGUCGGCAGCCAUCCGUCGGCGUCCCGUGCGCCAUCUGCUAGCAGAGGUUGAACUACAGCGUUUCGAGCGAUUGGGUGAAGCAUCAGCUUGUGCGCGCUACAGACAGGCUGGAGAAGAUCCGGUGUUCUGUGUGCGGCAUGCCCGCGGAUUGUGUGCUACAAUCUGAGAGCCUUCUACAGACGAGUAACUUGUAUCUCCUGGUCAUCGGCAUCAGCAUCGCUGCGGUCGCCAGAGCGAUCGCUGCUCAGGUGCAGGCGUGGUGCGAUGGUGAUGCGUGAAUGGUGCUCCGCUGUGGCAGCGGAUCCGUGGGCUUCAUUGUUUAAUAAUCCUACCUCACAGGCCACCCUUUGCUGAUACGAAUGUUCAGUGGUGGUGUUGAGGAAUUUUCAUGUUGAGUUGUUGUUCCGACUUGCAACUCGAUUCGCAUUUCGUUUGCAAUCGGGCUUGCAGUUUGAUUGGUUUUAAAUCUGCAUUUUGACUUUCACUUUGAUAAUACAAUAGCCU